AUGAAGCCAUUUUCGCGACUGAUCCGCUUCGAGUCUGAGGGAGAGGCAUUCUUCGCCGAUCUCAACACAACAACAGAAAUACCAUCAGCAGGGUCAUCAAUAACGGCAUAUCGGACAUAUGAUGAUCUCAUGAACACCCAAGAUUCAGUGGAAGUGACUUUCGAGAAGAUACUCGCUCCAUUGCCACGUUUCGACUUGCCUAUUUACUGCGUUGGGCUCAGCUAUCGAUCUCAUGCAAAGGAAGCUAAGCUCAAUAUUCCCGUCAACCCACCAGUGUGGACCAAGCCGCCUGCUGCUCUGGCGUCGGCCGAAGAGGACAUUGAGAUGAGUCGCUAUUGUGCGUCAAAUUUUCCAGAUUGGGAGGGCGAACUCGUUUUUGUCACGUCGCGAGAAUGCCGAGAUAUCAGUGUAGACGAAGCGGAGUCAUGUAUUCUUGGAUACACAGUAGGCAACGAUCUCAGUUGCCGGUUUUUCCAGCUUCCAGCGCAAAACGGCGGGCAAUUUUUCUACGCGAAAGCAUUCGAUAAAUUUGCGCCUAUCGGACCAGUGCUCGUCAGUCCAGAGCUAUUCAACAGUGGUGAAAAGACAGAAUUGACAACCCGGGUUAAUGGAAAAGUCAUGCAAAAUAUUGAGAUCCAAAAGGAUCGAGUCUUUUCGCCAGCACAGGUUCUUAGUUUCAUGAGCCAAAGCACAACUAUACCCGCGUACACGGCCGUUAUGACAGGCACCCCAGCCGGCGUAGGUGCAUUCAUGACGCCCAAGAAAUUUCUACGACACAACGAUGUAGUGGAAGUUGAAAUAGACGGGCUAGGAGUUCUUCGCAACAAGAUUACCUUUCCGGAUGGGCAAGAUUCACAGCUGCGAAAAGUUAAAUGUAAUCAGCAGCGUCCUACGUGUUCAAGAUGCCAGGAAGCUGGCAUUGCUUGCGUCUACUCGUCAAAACGCCGCAAACCUGGUCCUCCAAAAGGAGUCCGUCGAAAACGACGCUCUCCCCAAACAGGGCCAGACAUGCUCCCGGAUCCUACUCAGUUGAUGAACGAAUUAAACUCGGAGAUAUUUCCUAACCAGGAUAUUGACUCGACAUCUACAAAUAUUGAUUUUCUAUCAGACAGCGGAUUUCCCGGUGCAGAAGCGUUUCUUGGGCUCGAUUUUUCUAAUACACCUUCGACUGGGGCAUCCCAAAUACAAAACACAUCUGGCACUACUAUCGGACUUUACGAGCUGCCAUUUAGUCCAGCGGAAGAACUGGAUUUAUUGAAUAAUUUCUUCGCCUAUUUCCAUCCAUCUGGGUUUCUCUUUCAGAAAAACAAAUUCUUCGCUCAGUACCAUGAUGGACUUCUGGACAGGGGUCUCAUCAACACAAUCCUAGUUGUAACUUUACUGACUUUGAGACCUCGCGCCACGACCGACCAUAUUAAUCUAGAGGAUCUACUAGAUCGAUUGAGGAACUCAUGCUCUCAUGCCAUUGAGACUUCCAGUGGUUUCCUCACACUCGACAUCUUUAGGCAAUCAUGCAUGCUUACCUUUUUCGAUUUCCAUCAAAGACCCGGGCUUCAAAGUUGGAUGAAAGUCGGACAAUUGACGCGUCAUGCAUAUCGACACGGGCUAAACCAAAUUGAAAAUCCCGACACAUGUGCAAUAUAUCAAUUUCCACACAUACUUCAUGAAGAUAUUGAAGAAUGGCGACGUGUGUGGUGGUUCAUUUAUACACUGGAUUCUUACUCAAACAUCAUCGCUGCAACGCCAUUUUUGAUUGACCCGGACGGUAUCAAUACCGCGCUGAUAGGCCAGCAGUCUACGACCACAGGAGUAGACGGCCUGCAGAAGUCAGAAAGAGCUUUUCUAGCACCUGAGCCAGAUCAUUUAUGGAAGACCAUGCAAACAAUUGUCGCCAAUAAGAAUGAAUUAAAUGCCAAUAUCCAUUUGAUUACUACUACGAUACUGCGGAUGGCCGCUAAAUUAUUGUUCUUACGCAAGCAAAAUCCAUCAGAAAGUAUAUUCCGCCGAAUUGAAUCAUUAAAGGGCCAUAUAUCAGCCGUACGACUGGCAAUGCCGUUACGCUAUAUGAAACCGACGAGGGAUGUGAUAAUUAAUGAAACAAAAGAAGAGCACCAUGAACGAUUGGUUUGCAUACUUCAUAUACAUGCGGCUUUGCUUAUGCUAUCUGUCCCUCCAUACCCCCACCAAGAUGAGAAUAUGUGGCUUCUUUCUUGGCGGCAAUGCCUUGAACCAUGUGACGACAUCGUAUCUGCUGUCAAAGAAUGGGAUGGUUCGUUCUCUUCUAAUACAGACCCUGCUCUAUGCUACAUAGUGUUUGGCUCACGAGUUAUAAUUUGGCUACUUGGUAAAUACGGUUUUGAAGAUGACUUCCAGGUACAAGAGAGAAUGAACAGAGCGAGUGACAUUCUGACACUAUUCUUGGAUCAUUUUGAACCAUUGUGCUGUCAACCUACAGUUCUCAAGACAUGGUUUGAAAAGCUCAAUAUUCAAUAUUCUGGGCCUUUUGGACGUGAACAGGUUUCUCAGCUAUUACAAUCAACCAAUGUGCUAUUCCCACUGAAUGCAGCCCAUCCGCCCAUACAACAAGACCAACCACCAAAUGCCACUAUACCGCUAUCUCUCAACCCCGUUGAAGAAAGUGGUCUAACAAUAUCGAACUUAUUUGCAGAAGAUUUCGCCAUCGACGACCUUCAACUUAUAAUUUAG